AAUACCAUAUAUUAUGCAUUCACUUGUUACUUACCAAAACCACUUCCAAAAAGCCUAAGAUUACCACAUAGUCACAUUCACAUUGAAGUUAAACUUGCAUUGAAAAUGGAGGGAAGAGAUGAGGAUGUAAGAGUAGGAGCCAAUAGGUAUGGAGAGAGGCAACCAAUAGGAACAGCUGCACAGACACAAGAUGCCAAAGACUACAGAGAGGCACCACCAGCUCCAUUGUUUGAGCCUAGAGAGUUAACAUCAUGGUCUUUCUACAGAGCAGGCAUAGCAGAAUUUGUGGCCACUUUCUUGUUUCUUUAUGUCACUGUUUUGACUGUGAUGGGUGUUGCAAAAUCUCCCAGCAAGUGCUCCACUGUUGGUGUCCAAGGCAUUGCUUGGUCAUUUGGUGGAAUGAUCUUUGCCCUUGUCUAUUGUACUGCUGGUAUCUCAGGGGGUCACAUUAACCCAGCUGUGACAUUUGGGCUGUUUUUGGCACGCAAGUUAUCUCUCACUAGGACAGUGUUCUACAUGAUCAUGCAGUGCUUGGGAGCUAUAUGUGGUGCUGCUGUGGUCAAGGGAUUCCAAUCAAACCAAUAUGAGAGGCUUGGUGGUGGUGCCAACACUCUCAGUAAAGGAUACUCCAAAGGUGAUGGCCUUGGAGCAGAGAUUGUUGGCACAUUUAUUCUUGUUUACACUGUUUUCUCUGCCACAGAUGCCAAACGAAAUGCUAGAGACUCGCAUGUUCCUAUUUUGGCACCAUUGCCUAUCGGUUUUGCGGUCUUUCUGGUGCAUUUAGCUACAAUUCCUAUCACUGGGACUGGCAUCAACCCUGCUAGAAGUUUAGGUGCAGCCCUUGUAUACAACAAGGACCAAGCUUGGGAUAACCAUUGGAUCUUCUGGGUAGGGCCUUUUAUUGGGGCAGCACUUGCAGCUUUAUACCAUCAGAUAGUGCUCAGGGCCAUUCCUUUCAAGUCAAAAUAAUGAAAAAUUGAAGCAAAGGCUGAAAACUAGUGCCCAGUUUAGCCUAAAACUGGGUACUCACAACAAAGAUGCUCCUAUUUCUGCUGCCACUACAAAAUUUAUACCUAUCUUAUUAAUUUAUAUAAUUUAUCAGUUCAAAACUUAUGUUCUUGGACAUGCAAUUGAACUUAUGGAAAAUGUGGCUGGUGUGAUUUAUUUCGUUUCUACUUAUAAUAUCUUCCAUGCACAUAUCAAAGACUCUUGGUUUAGAUUUGCUGGAGUGUAAGUACACUGUAAAAUAUGUUUGUGUACAAGUUUAUGGUAUUAAAUAUGAUGCCUAUUUACACAGUUCAUUAGUCCCCAAUCAUCAAGAUGUAUGUGAGGUUGAAGGAGAAAAAAAACCAGAAAAGCAUUAAGAUGUAUCCA